CACCGUACCUAAGAUGGAGAAAACGUUUCCAGGUCGGGGUGACCAGCAGGGUUUCUGACAGGCAGCAAGGAGCUGCGAGUCAAGCUGGUGUCCUCUCUGACAGGGCCGCAGUGAGCCAGGAUGACGGGCCAGGUGGCUGGGAAGAGCGCAGACCUGUCUGCCCACCGGCUGUCCGUGAAGACCUCGCUGGAGGACGAGCUGGACGGAGCCGACAGCACUCUGAGCCGGGCACAGUCAGUGUGCGAUGACACAUCCUCAGAGCUGCAGCGGGUCGCGACCCUUGACCCCCGUGGGCCGAACUCGCAGAAUUCCUUCCGGGGGCGAGGGGCCAUGUCUCGGCUGGUGCGGCUGGUGGUGACCCUCCGGGAGUGGGCCCACAAGAGCCUGCUGGAGGAGGAGGAGCGGCCCGACUCGUUCCUGGAGCGGUUCCGUGGGCCUGAGCUGAGGGCCCCUCCGAGCCGGUUCAGCAACACUCAGCCGGGCCAGAACAACAAUGAGGUCGCAGGCACAGACAGCAAGAAGAAGUCAGAUGUCUUUGUGGUCGACCGUGCUGACAACCUCUACUACCGCUGGCUGUUUGUCAUCGCUGUUGCUGUACUGUACAACUGGUGCCUCCUGGUGGCGAGGGCCUGCUUUGACGAUCUACAGACUGAGAACUUCAUCCUCUGGCUGGUCCUGGACUAUGUGUCGGACUCCGUCUACAUUCUGGACACCUGCGUUCGGCUGCGCACCGGAUUCCUGGAGCAGGGCCUGCUGGUGAAGGACCUGUCCAAGCUGAGGGACAGCUACAUCCACACGCUGCAGUUCAAGCUGGACAUGCUCUCCAUCCUGCCCACUGACCUGGCCUACCUGGCCACGGGCAUCCACACGCCACAGCUCCGCUUCAACCGGCUGCUGCGCUUCCCGCGCAUGUUUGAGUUCUUCGACCGCACGGAGACGCGCACCAACUACCCCAACAUCUUCCGCAUCUGCAACCUGGUGCUCUACAUCCUGAUCAUCAUCCACUGGAAUGCCUGCAUCUACUUUGCCAUCUCCAAGUCACUGGGGUUCGGCUCCGACACCUGGGUGUACCCCAAUAUCUCGGACUCCGAGUACAGCUCCCUGACGAGUGGGUACAUCUACUGCCUGUACUGGUCCACCCUAACGCUCACCACCAUCGGCGAGAUGCCCGCGCCGGUCCGCGACGAGGAGUUCCUCUUUGUCGUUUUCGACUUCCUGGUCGGCGUGCUCAUCUUCGCCACCAUCGUGGGAAACGUGGGAUCCAUGAUCUCCAACAUGAACGCCACCCGGGCAGAGUUCCAGGCGCGCAUUGACGCCAUCAAGCACUACAUGCAGUUCCGCAAGGUCAGCAAGGACCUGGAGGCCCGUGUCAUCAAGUGGUUCGACUACUUGUGGACCAACAAGAAGGCCGUGGACGAGCAGGAAGUGCUCAAGAACCUGCCGGACAAGCUGCGCGCCGAGAUCGCCAUCAACGUGCACCUGGAGACGCUCAAGAAGGUCCGGAUCUUCCAGGACUGCGAAGCUGGGCUGCUGGUGGAGCUGGUGCUCAAACUGCGCCCCCAGGUGUUCAGCCCCGGCGACUACAUCUGCCGCAAAGGCGACAUCGGAAAGGAGAUGUACAUCAUCAAGGAGGGGAAGCUGGCAGUCGUGGCCGACGACGGCGUGACCCAGUACGCUCUGCUGACGGCGGGCAGCUGCUUCGGGGAGAUCAGCAUCCUCAACAUCAAGGGCAGCAAGAUGGGGAACCGGAGAACCGCCAACAUCCGCAGCAUCGGAUACUCCGACCUCUUCUGCCUCUCCAAGGACGACCUGAUGGAGGCCGUGACGGAGUACCCCGAUGCCAAGAAGGUGCUGGAGGAGCGCGGGCGGGAGAUCCUGCUGAAGGAGGGGCUGCUGGACGAGAGCGCGUCGGCGCAGGGCGGGCUGGGCGGCGAGGAGGUGGAGGAGAAGGUGGAGCGCCUGGAGUCCUCGCUGGACAACCUGCAGACGCGGUUCGCCCGCCUGCUGAGCGAGUACACCGCCACGCAGCAGCGGCUCAAGCAGCGCAUCUCGGUCCUGGAGCGCAGGGUGCGGCACAUGGGCAGCGGGUUCCUCUCCGAUGGGGCCGAGAGCGCCAACGACACUGACGGCACGCACAGCGAGGGGAACUCCCGCAGCUGAGCACAGAACGACCCAGUCCCACCUGGGGGAUGGGGGCUGGAAGCCUUUCUCCACUCCGCCUUCCACGUCUGUUUUUAGAGAUUUGUUCUAGUGAUCAGGAGGUAUGUUUCCGCGAAUGGAUUUUCACCCCCGAGAUGUCAUUUUGUGUGCCGCGGCCCUUUACAUUAUAUUUAGAGGACGAGAACGUUGUGCACUGGAGAGGCACAAUUACAGAUGAAAAGAACAAAGAAGAACCAUGAGGAAGUAAAAGGUGCUGGUGACAUAGUGGAGUAUAUGGGCCUUCUGCUCUGCACUGGGACAGUUGACCCACCUUUGCCAUAUGGUCCAUUCGGGGUAGCACUAUGUGUGACCUGGAGCAGCAGGGCCUGUUUUGCUUGUGACACAGCCUUACAGAAUGAUGUAAUCCCUCAGUGGUCAGUGAUGAUGCAAUAACUCCCCAGUGUGGAGCGUGUGCUGAAUGCACCAAGUCAGGUCUGUGCACAGCUCAGGUGCCUUGCAGGAUGUGACUGAAUGGAAUCACGAUCCCUGUGGACUGGAAUUCCCCGUCUACACAGACUGACGAAGGGAUGUAAAUAAGCAGUUAACAAUGGAACAUGUGUAUCUAGCUGUUUUCGGGUGUUAAUGUGACACAGCCGUGUACACAAGCAUUUAAGGCAGCGCAUGACACUACACUUAAGUGCACUUUACACACUGAAACAACAUUCUACUGGUAGCUCGCCAUUUUUAAUGCCUAAUUUUUUAUUAACGCAUUUAUGGAAGCUUUUGUGCUCAAGAAGAUAUUAGUAAUUAUUUUAAUUAAGAAAAUAAGAUUUAUAAAAAAGAAAAAACAGAAAUUGCAUUGACUCUGUGUAUUAGUUGUAAAAACAAAAAGCUAUUGAAUGUAUUUUUUUACCUUAGGGUACAGGUAAUACUGUCUCAGUCUGACCCCUGCAGUGCUCUACUCUAGUCCAGUUGUAGGACUGUCCCCUAAUCCAUGUAGGAGCAACAGGAAGGGUUCCUAUUACACCCUGUAAGUCUCCUAAAGCAGGGGUCACAAACCCAGGUCCUGGAGAGUUUAGUAUCUUCUGGCUGUUACUUGACUGAUUAGGUUGAAAGAAAAAACAGACGACCCAGGAGCCCCCAAUUUGAAACCACUUUCCUACAGGGAGACCCAGUUUAAAAGGGUAUGGAUUUGGGAUGCAUAACAGUUUUAGAGGGCCAGACGGUUUCUGCUUUUCUUUCCAUCUGUUUAACUCUUAACUCAGGUUCUCUGACCUGAGUUGGGCACGCCUGGUAUCUGGUAUAGAUGAUGUUGAAUUGGUUACUUGAACAGAGCACUGUCCACUACAUGUAUGGAAGGAGGGAAUUGUGUGCAAAGGUAAAGUUUUAGAC